AUGGCACCGACUGCUUGUGUACCUGCUGAAGUAUGCACUCCUAAAUACUACCAGGAGAAACACGACUAUAAUCUCAAUUGGGAUCAUGGUCAAUUCAGCAAUCAUGGAGGGGACGAUUUAUCGCAAUCUAGGUUGGCUGCCAAGGAACUAGUCUUGGACAUCCUGAAGAAGCGCGCAGCUGAGGUCAAUGUGGACAGCUGCGCGCCAGGAGAGGAGGACCCGUUUUACGUGGCAGAUAUGGGGGGAGGUCUACCGCCAGCAUCUGCGCUGGAAAAUGAACUUGAGCCGUGUUCGGCCUUUCUACGCGGUCAAGUGCAACCCCGACCCGGAGAUCCUUCGCCUCAUGGCUAAACUCGGAAACGGUUUUGAUUGUGCGUCCAAGGCCGAGAUCGAUAUGGCCCUCGAGACCGGCGUCGACCCAAGCCGCAUCAUCUACGCGCAGCCCUGCAAGACCAAGUCCUAUCUGCGCUACGCCGCCCAGGUGGGCGUCAAGCAGAUGACCUUUGACAACGCCGACGAGCUGUACAAGAUCAAGGCCAACUACCCGGACGCCGAGCUUUAUCUGCGCAUCCUCACGGAUGAUUCGAACAGCUUGUGCCAGUUCAGCAUGAAAUUCGGAGCUUCCUUGGACGUUGCUCGCCAGCUCCUCGAAUUGGCGCACCAGCUCGAGCUGAAGGUGGUCGGCGUGAGUUUUCACGUCGGAUCAGGCGCUGAGGAUCCUAAGGCUUUCCUGAAAGCCGUGCAGGACGCGCGCCUUGUGUUUGAUCAAGCCGCAGAGAUUGGCCACGAACUGCACACUUUGGAUGUCGGCGGAGGUUUCUCCCAGGACACUUUUGAGAAAUUCGCCGGCGUCCUGAGCGAGGCGUUGGAGACCUAUUUCCCGCCCAACAUCCGGGUCAUUGCCGAACCGGGUCGCUACUAUGUUGCCAAUGCGUUCACUCUGGCGGCCAACAUCAUUGCUCGCCGUGAGGUGCGCGACCCGGAGGACCCGGCCAACGACGCCUACAUGCUGUAUCUCAACGACGGGGUGUAUGGAAACUUCUCCAACAUCAUCUUUGACCACCAGCACCCCGUGGCCCAGGUCCUGACCUGUGCGUCGGCCGCUAACUCCCCUUAUGCUGCGACUUCGGGGGGUGUCACGUACUCCAUCUGGGGGCCGACCUGUGACGGCAUUGAUGUUAUCUCCAAGCGCAUUGCGCUGCCAGCUCUGCUGGAAGUUGGAGAUUGGCUUUACUUCGAGGAGAUGGGAGCCUACACCAAGUGUAGCGCGACCCGCUUUAACGGCUUUUCGGACAACCACGAGGUGAUCUACAUCUCCAGCGAAGCCGGGGCUUCUGCGCUCCUCGAGUACUAG